AUGAGACAACCUCUAUGGAUGGUCUUGGAGACUUGUUUGGUAUUGGUAUUGAUCGCACCACCGAAAGCAGCGCUUGGCUUUGUGACACCGGAUGGCGUUAGCAGACAGUCAGUGCGUCGCAUAGGUCUCCCGCCUACUAGAAAAUCCUGGUUGUGUUCCGGACGACAGUCGGAUGGUUGGGAGCUGUCCAAUGAUUUUCCUCAGUUUCUGAACCAGUGUUCCAUCCAAACCUUCCUGGUAGUCCUUGGCACACUGCGAGAACCGCAAACCAUUCGAUGGAUGGACAAUUUCACGCAGCCUUUGGUCAUGGAACGAGAUUUCACCAACCGCGACGACGAAUCAUCUCCCAGCAAGCUCUUGACAUAUCAUGGAUUGGGUGCCAUGAACACGGACCUGUUUCCCACCUGGGAUUCCUACUUUGCCACGCUGUUGGAACAACCGCAAGAAGAAUUUCUCGUGCAGACGGCCGCUGGAAGUUUGCACACGCAAGAGUACGAACUGGAAAUCAAUCCAGCGUCGCUUUGCACGCGUCUCAUUUCCAUUCGAGAACAGAUUGCACAGGAGUUUACCAAUGAUCUAGGUGUCGUGGCAAAUGCCAUGGGGCGGCAUACUAUGGACUCGUAUUGGGAUUAUUUGGAUAAUAAUAAUCAGGAGCAAGAAAACAACGACAAUGACAAUGACGACAACCAGCAGGAUACAUUCUCGGAGGCACUUGGCGACGUGGUGAACACGGGGGGUGGUACCGGUACUACUACAACAACCCAAAGGCGGUUUCCACCGCACAACUUGGUCUUUUUGGGCUACGCAUUGGAUGCUAUUGAUGGAUUCACACCGUCUCCACUGCGACAACACAAUUUUGAUUUGGCCGUACUCUUGGCGACACAAGAAGCCAUUCAUCGAAUACUCAACAAUAAUAAGUAUGAAGACUCCAAAGAGCGCAUUUCCCGUCAGUAUCUGCAGGAAUUUUAUGUCCAACGACUCGACAGUCACUUUUUUGGUACCCAGCGAUACGGAAGAGCGGAUGACUUUUUGGAAGAGUUGCUAUUUGUGAAUCUACCCCCAGCAGUGUCGGAAGCGGUAGAUCCCGUCCUGGUAACGGAAAUGAUUCUGGAAGAACGACGGCAAGUUGCCUUGGAAUGGCAAGCCAAGAGUCAAGAUGUUCCCACUCAUGAUCACAUUCAGAUUAAACGACUGCAGCUGGAUCGUUUGAUGGCAUCGUACGGAACCAAUGAUAACUAG